GUGGCUCUCUCGGUUCUCGGUCGCCCUCCUCCUCCUCCUGCCCCCCCUGUUCCUCCUGAAGAGCAAAAUGCGAAGCAGGAGCAACGGAGCGUUCAGUCUACAGACACAGGGUGUAAGGCAGCAGCGGCAGUCCGGCGUUCGGUAGACUGCACCGGCGAGAAGCCCGCGGAGGGGGGACCGCUUCAAGUUACGGCUAUUUCCCAUUAGAUCCAGCGAGAGAGUAGAACAGUAGAGAACGUGAGCCGAAGCAAACGCAAUAAUCGUGUUUCUGGCUGCCCUGUGGGAACAUGGGAUAUACAACCCCAUCUUUCACCCGUGAGACUCUCCAGUAAACAAAUACACACAGAAGGAUGACAGAGGCAGAGGUAAAAAUUACAGACGUCCUGGUUGAGACACCAUGUGCUACCAAGAGCUGCACCUCUCCAUCGCUACUCCUACCCCUCUGCGAACAGAGGGAGGCCGAGGAUCGUCAGGCUGACAUUAGUAAGCUCGAGCAGCAGAAACAAGGUAACCCGGUGCAACAAAAGAAGAAAGUCAGGAGCAAAGGGAAGUUGGUGCGCAGCGUGGCAGUCAGCGAGGACUGCUACCCGUACGAAGAAACCAAGUUUCAGGCAUCUCCAGAUGCAAACAUCUCAUCUAGCUGCCAUGACAACAAGAGGGCUUCCUGUGAGGAGGAAGAACAAGAGACGAGCACAGAUCCAAAGAAGCUUUCGCCGUCCAAAGAGGCCGUCGUGGAGUACACGGACUCCACCGGCAUCGAUCUGCACCAGUUUCUGGUCGACACCCUCAACAGCAACUCCAGAGAUCGCAUGAUGCUGCUGAAUCUGGAGCAGGACAUGAUCGACUUUAUCAACAGCAAAAGUCUCUUUAAGAAGUUCCCUUCCAUGUCCUCCUACCACCGUAUGCUGGUCCAUCGGGUGGCGGCCUACUUUGGCAUGGAGCACAACGUGGAUCAGACAGGCACGUCUGUCAUCAUCAACAGCACCAGCAGCACACGCAUACCCGACUGGAGCUUUUUGGACAAGGUGUCUCCUGACAAGAGAAACGAGAUCCACCAGAUGAAGUUCAGUCUGAGGUGGAAGAAGAGUUCUGAUGACCAGAACCGCCGUCACGUGUUAUGUGAGAAGCAAAGCAAGUCGAUGGAAGAGAGAGAGAAGUACCAGAGGGCACGAGAACGAGUCUUCAACAGAGAGGUGAGAGAAAGAGAGCGAGACGGACGCGACAAAGAGACGGGAAGGAUUCUGGCUAACGUCUGCUCUGUGCUUCUGCAGCCGCCGUGCACCCCGGAGAGCAGCCAUGCAGAAACCAUGGAUGUGGAGGAGUACAGUCCUCAUGCCAAGGCCCAGAGGAGGAGACAGCUCUUCAGGGGGAGCCGCGACAGCUCCGGCUCCAGCUGGACAGGCAGCAGCAAGCAGAGCAGCUUUGAAACAGACUGUUGCUACAGCAACGGCCCCCGACCUUGGAGCAGCACCGACUCAGACUCCUCCUAUCAGUGGACAAACCCUGCGCCAAAACCGUGCCCGUCUGCCAGCCACAACUGGGAUCCUCGAGGUGCAGGCUCCAUCGCUCUUCACAGGCUGCCUUCCUCCAAUCCUCACUGCUCUACUCCUCCCAUCUUCCAGGAGCACGCUCCUAACUCCUCCUUCGUCACUGUGAACCCGCUCACUGGACAGCCUCACCUCAACUCCGAGGGAACCCCAGCUGUGUACGUCCCUCUGGACAACGAGCAGCCAAUCAGGAGCCAGACUCAGCCUCAGCAGCAGGUGGUCCAGUGCUCGUCUGUCUGGUAUCCGGCUCCACAGAUGUUACCCGUCUCCUUGCCGCCGACCAUUGAAGAUCUCUCCUCACAUCUGGCUCAAGUUUCAGUGAGCUGUCAGCCAGCAGCAGAAGCCCCGCCCCUUUACCCCCCCAGUCAGGGUUACAUCUAUGCAGCUCCUGUCUCCUCCAGCUACUGCCAGCCCUCGCCUCAGGUGCCUGCGGGUUACUACGGCCAGUACCCUACCUCAGCUCAGCAUGGAUGCAGCCUGGUCCCACACACCCAGCACCUCCACGGCCAGGCAGCACAGCCGACAGGAGGUUACCCCCCCGCUGUGAGGGUGCAGCAGCCUUCCCACCCACACCCCCAAGCCGUACAGACCACCUACACACCUGUUGCCUCCCAUCAGUGUAGCAUGAUUCAGGGGGACGUCCCCAUGUCCUUCCCCCAGUGUAAGGGUGGAACUGGGGAUGCAGGGUACUGCUGUGUGGUCCCUCCGCCCUCCCACCACAGUAGCUGCCAUCUUCCCAGCUGCUCCGCCCUUAGCGCUCCAGCCUGGAACGGGCAGUUCUGAUGGAGUUCUGGUUCCUGCUUGAAGUCAUGCUUGCACAUGUUUUAAACUCAAUGUUUUUGCACUUCGUCACUAACGCCGAUCCCUCAUCUGGGUCUGCUGUCACACACACACACACACACACACACACACACGCUUAAAGAGAUAAAUAUUCCACUGUACCAAAGCUUAGUAAAAUAUAUAAGAUUUGCUGUUCUGAAUGCAUAAUUUAUAUUCACAAAUGGAGUUUUAUAUUGUUAUUAAAUUAUAUAUUGUGUUUUAAGGAAAUGCACUGUGUGAAGAGAAUAAAGUGCCAUGGCUCGACUGAUGA